AUGGGGGUUGAAAACGCAGGAGGCGGCUCGGAAAUCACGAAGAGGAAGAGAGGAUGUUCAUGUACAAAGGACGAUUUUCUCCCCGAGGAGUCAUUUCAGAGCUGGGGUAAUUACGUAAAUGCUGUGAAACAUGUACCUGAACGACUGGUGGAUCGGUUACUUUCCCGGUCGAAGGAUGUGGCUGAGCUGCAGGUGAAGAAACGGAGCGAACACGAUAUGAAGAAGACGCUAUCAUGGUGGGACUUGAUAUGGUUCGGCCAGGAAGCACGUGAAGGAGCUGGCCCUGCCAUCGUACUCUCCUACGCCGUCUCCGGCGUCUCUGCCUUGCUCUCCGUCUUCUGCUACACGGAGUUUGCGGUUGAAAUCCCAGUGGCAGGUGGUUCAUUUGCCUACUUGAGAGUGGAGCUAGGCGACUUCAUGGCCUUCAUUGCUGCCGGAAACAUCCUUCUUGAGUAUGUUAUUGGUGGUGCUGCCGUGGCGCGUUCAUGGACUGCUAAUUUUGCUGCUCUAUGCAACAAGGAUGCUGCAGAUUUUCGAAUCCCAGCCCAUGGUCUAGCCGAUGGCUACAACGAACUUGACCCCAUAGCUGUUGGUAUCCUUGCAAUCAUUUGCAUCGUUGCAGUUCUAAGCACAAAGGGCUCGUCUCGUCUCAACUACAUUGCCUCAGUAGUGCACAUUGUCGUGAUUAUCUUCAUCGUAAUCUGUGGCCUAAUCAAAGCUGACACCAAGAAUUACUCGAACUUUACACCAUUUGGGGCACGAGGUAUCUUUAAAUCUUCAGCAGUGUUGUUUUUUGCCUACGUUGGUUUUGAUGCUGUUUCGACAAUGGCUGAGGAAACUAAGAAUCCGGCCAGAGAUAUCCCCAUUGGCCUCGUGGGCUCGAUGGUGAUCACCACAGCCCUAUAUUGCGUGUUGGCAGUAACCCUAUGCCUAAUGCAGCCAUAUGGAUCAAUUGAUGUUGAUGCUCCAUUUGCAAAGGCAUUUGAAGCUGUAGGGUGGGGAUGGGCUCAGUACGUUGUUGCUGCCGGAGCAUUGAAGGCAAUGACAUCGGUGUUGCUAGUCGGUGCUGUGGGCCAAGCUCGUUACUUAACCCAUAUCUCUCGAACUCAUAUGUUGCCUCCAUGGUUUGCCAAAGUUCAUCCAAAGACAGGAACACCAAUAAAUGCCACAAUAGUCAUGCUUGCUGCUACUGCAGUCAUUGCCUUUUUCACAAAACUUGGUAUUCUAUCCAAUCUCCUCUCAAUCUCCACACUGUUUAUCUUCAUGCUUGUGGCUGUUGCCCUUCUCGUUCGUCGCUACUAUGUUAGUGAUCAAACUACCAUAGAAAAUCGGAACAAACUUAUCGUAUUCCUUUUGCUUAUCAUUGGAUCCUCAAUUGCCACUGCUACUUAUUGGGGUGCUAGUAAAAAUGGUUGGAUUGCAUACUGCAUAACCGUACCUAUAUGGCUAUUAGCCACAAUUGGGCUUCGGCUUUUCGUCCCCCAUGCUCGGGAUCCUAAGCUCUGGGGAGUUCCAUUGGUACCUUGGUUACCAUCAGCAUCGAUUGCCAUUAACAUUUUUCUUCUUGGGUCAAUAGACAAAGAUUCAUUUAUAAGAUUCUCAGUUUGGACUGCUUUCCUCUUGGUGUACUAUUUCUUAUUCGGAUUGCAUGCAUCAUAUGAUACGGCAAAGGAAUUCGAAGGGAAAGCAAUUCAAGAUGGCAAGUGGACGAAGAUUGAAGAGGGAAAUGUGCCAUCAGUUACAAAAUCUGGCAAUGAUGCCGAAGACGGUAGAAUCGAUCCUGUAUCAUCUACUGUCUAG